AUAGAUAGGAUUUGUACAGGGAAUUUAGUGGUGUAAUUACCAUGGCCAAAGUUUCGAUGCUAACAAAAGAAGAAGACUGUACAGAAUUGCCUCCUGGUUUUAGAUUCCAUCCCACGGAUGAAGAGAUCAUAACCCAUUAUCUUUCACAGAAGAUCAUGAAUUGCAGCUUUAGUGCAAGAGCUGUAGGCGAAGUAGACUUGAACAAGUGCGAACCCUGGGACUUACCAAAGAAGGCGAAGAUGGGAGAGAAGGAAUGGUACUUCUUCUGCAAGAAUGAUAGAAAAUACCCGACAAGCAUGAGAACGAACAGAGCAACAGAAGCUGGAUACUGGAAGGCUACCGGAAAGGAUAAAGAGAUAUAUAAAGGAUGCAAUAAUAUUAAUAAAGGUUCCCAGCAGCAGCAGCUCGUUGGGAUGAAGAAGACCCUCGUGUUCUAUGGAGGGAGAGCUCCCAAAGGUGAGAAGACCAAUUGGGUCAUGCAUGAAUACAAGCUCCAAGGCAAAUUCUCUUAUCACAACAACAUCCCUCCUAAAACUGCUGCUGCCGCCUUACCCGCCGCGGCCAAGGAUGAAUGGGUCGUGUGUAGAGUGUUUCACAAGAACACAGGGGCCAAGAGAAGCCCAAUUAAUAUUCCAACUGACCUACUGAGAAUGAACUCUUUCAGUUUUGUUGAUGAUCUAUUAUUAGAUUAUUCUCCGUCGUUGGCACCUCUCUUGGAUUUCCCUCACCUCAAUAACACCGACCGACCUGACGAUGAGGAAGACGUAUUGAUCAUGAACAACACAGCAUCAACAACAAUAACAACAACAAGAGCAUCCUCCCAAUGUUCCACUGCUACUACUACUCAUAAUUUCUCCUACUGCUCCACAGCAGGAGGAGGAGGAGGAGGAAUGGUGGGUCGUCAUGAUCAACAAGAAGAUCACAAGAGCUUAAUUCACCAACAACAGGGGAACUCCAUUUACUACACUAUGCCUCCUCAUCAUCUUCAUGAAAUUCCUGAUCCCCAGCAAAGUCCUCAUCUCUUUACCUUUCAUCAGCAAGGAUCUUCUUCGAACAUUUCAAGUCGCUUAUUGCACCAGCUGGGUGAUCACGACAGCAACAUUAAUAACAAUUCAUCAUCAAUGAUUCCAUGCUUCCCGAGCGCUUCUUCUUCUUUAGGCUUCCAUGGUCCCGACCAGCAUCAGGCAAUAUUCUUAAGAAGCGCCGGCCUAAAGAAGCAGUGUAAUGUCGAGCAGUUCUCUAACCAGUCCACCACCAUGGUCAGCGUUUCUGAUCAGGAUACGGCCAGGUUGAGCACCGAUAUGAACACCGACAUCUCCUCAUCAGUGGUUUCCAACCACAUGCAUGACCACCUCGGAAGCAACAAGUCAUCCAACGCGGAUAUUGCAAUUGAUGAUGGCACUUCUUCUUCUCUUCCUCCUUCAGGAGCACCACCCGUCGAGGAUUUGGUUGACUGUCUGUGGAACUACUGA